UCAUCUCAUCCCUCGUCUCCACUAGCCCCAAUGCUCCAUCUUCCCCAUUGUAUCCCCAGGGUAAAGGGACAGGGUCGGGACACCGCACGCUGCUCUACGGCAACGCUGUGCUGCUGCACCACGAGAACUCCAGCAUGUACCUUGCAUGUCUCUCGACGAGCUCGUCCCGCGAUAAGCUGGCGUUCGACGUCGGUCUUCAGGAGCACUCGCAAGGUGAGUCCUGCUGGUGGACCAUCCACCCCGCCAGCAAGCAGCGGUCCGAGGGCGAGAAGGUGCGCGUGGGUGACGACCUCAUCUUAGUGUCGGUUGCUACAGAGCGAUAUUUGCAAGCGACGAAGGAGGACGACCAGAGCAUCGUCAACGCAUCGUUCCACGUCACGCAUUGGUCGGUGGCACCCUUUGGCACCGGCCUCUCCCGCCUCAAGUUUGUGGCGUGCGUGUUUGGAGGCGAGGUGCUGCGGUUCUUCCACGGCGGAGACGAAUGCCUCUCUAUACCGUCCACCUGGUCCGACCAACCCGGGCAGAA